AUGGACGAGAAGAAGCAACCGCAUCUCGAGAAUGAGGAUGAUGACGUCCAGUUGGCCCAGAUGGGGCAUAAGGCCGAGCUGAAUCGGAACUUUUCUACCCUGUCGAUGCUGGGUUUAGCGUUUGCGGUGCUGAAUUCGUGGACGGCUCUGUCGGCCAGUUUAUCGCUCAGUCUACCGUCUGGGGGCAGUGUGAGUGUUGUCUGGGGUCUGGUAACCGCCGGAGCAUGUAACCUGUGCAUCGCCAUCUCGCUGGCAGAAUUCCUCUCGGCGUAUCCCACGGCGGGCGGACAGUAUCAUUGGGUGGCUGUUUCCUGGCCGAAUUGGGUGCCGAUUCUAUCCUGGGUGACUGGCUGGGUCAAUGUGGCUGGAUGGGUUGCGCUGGUGGCUACGAAUGCCUUGCUUUCCUGUCAGCUGAUCGCUGGGAUUGUUUCCUCGGUUUACCCUGAUUUCGCGUGGCAACGAUGGCAGUACUUCCUCAUGUACAUUGCCUACACGGUGCUGGCGUUUGUGGUGAACGGGUUCAUGAACUCGGUGCUUCCGAUCAUCUACCGUGGUGCUUUCACCUGGUCGAUUGGUGGAUUCGUGCUGGUGUCGAUUACCGUGCUGGCUUGUGCCUCGCCGGACUAUAAUUCUGCCUCAUUUGUGUUCACCAACUUCAUCAACCAGACUGGCUGGCCGGAUGGUGUGGCUUGGCUAUUGGGUUUGCUGCAAGGUGGACUCGGAGUGACCGCGUUUGAUGCGGUCUGCCACAUGAUUGAAGAAAUCCCGCAACCGUCCAUCAAAGGCCCCAAAAUCAUGGUCAUCUGCGUGGGCAUUGGCACCUUCACCGGAGCGAUCUUCCUCAUCGUGCUGCUGUUCGUGGCCGGCGACAUCGACGAGGUGGUCAACUCGAGCGCCGGGCCCCUGCUGCAGAUCUUCAUCCACGCGACCAACAACCGCGCCGGUGCCAUCUGCCUCCUCAUGCUUCCCCUGAUCUGUCUGCUGUUCGCAACGCUGAGCGUGAUGACGACCAGCAGUCGCAUGAUCUUUGCUUUUGCACGAGACGGCGGACUGCCGGCGUCCAAGUUCUUCGCGCGGGUGCAUCCCCGCCUCGGACUCCCACUGAACGCGUUGAUUCUCACCACCGUCGUGGUGAUUAUCUUCGGCUUUAUCUACCUUGGCUCGAGCUCGGCUUUCAACGCCAUCGUCUCGGCGUCAGUCGUGCUUCUGGAUCUCUCGUACGCGAUGCCGAUCGCGGUGAACUGCCUGCGCGGACGACGGACACUCCCCGAUCGCAAAUGGAAGAUCCCCAACAAGAUUGGCUGGGUGAUUGAUAUGAUCUCUCUCUCGUAUAUCGCACUGACCACAGUGUUGUUCGUGUUUCCCCCGGACCGGCCCGUGACGGGCAGCAACAUGAAUUAUUGCGUGGUUGCAUUUGGGAUCAUCCUGAUCAUCUCGCUGAUCCAGUGGGUGGUGGAUGGCCGGAAGAACUUCACGGGGCCUCGCGUGGAGCUGUAG